GGCAAAGCUGUUGGACUCACCUGCUCAGAGUCUGUCAGGUUGGUGGGAGGAGACAGUCGCUGUGCAGGAACACUGGAGGUGAAACAUCAGGGAGACUGGAGACCAGUGGGUGACUCCUACUGGACCCUGAAGGAAGCAGCUUUUGCUUGUAAAGACCUGUACUGUGGCUCUGCUGUUUCUGUAGAACAGAGAGAGGAGUCCUCAGAAAGAUCUGUGUGGAGGAUGAACUCUGACUGUGUUCAGUCUGGAUCUGCUCUGAGGGAGUGUGCAACAUCAGAUUUCUCUUCCUCCAUCCUGGAUCUCACCUGCUCAGACCUGCUGCUUCAGCCCAACAUCUCUGGGUCCUCCUCUGUGGACGGGGUCUCCGAGGCCCAGCAGCAGGGGUUUCACGUGCUCAGGGGCUCCACCUUCAACAUCAGCUGCUCCAUCCAGCCACAGUACCCAGGAGGCUCCUUCCAGCUCACCUUCACCUCCUCCACCUCAGCACUCACCUACACCAAGCCAGCUGUCAAUCACUCCGCCCACUUCCUGUUUCCUGCUGCAGAGCCCGCCCACCAAGGAAGCUACAGCUGUGUUUAUCACGUCUAUGUUUUUUCUCACGACUUCUUCUCUGAGAGCCGUCUGAUCUCUCUCACUGUCGCAGACCUGCUGCUUCAGCCCAACAUCUCUGCGUCCUCCUCCGUGGACGGGGUCUCCGAGGCCCAGCAACAGGGGUUUCAGGUGCUCAGGGACUUCACCUUCACCAUCAGCUGCUCCGUCCAGCCACAGUACCCAGGAGGCUCCUUCCAGCUCACCUUCACCUCCUCCACCUCAGCACUCACCUACACCAAGCCAGCUGUCAAUCACUCCGCCCACUUCCUGUUUCCUGCUGCAGAGCCCGCCCACCAAGGAAGCUACAGCUGUGUUUAUCACGUCUAUGUUUUUUCUCAUGCCUUGUUCUCUGAGAGCCGUCUGAUCUCUCUCACUGUCACAGAUCUAAGGCCUUUUAUCAUCAGAGCGGUCGUCCUGCCGCUGAUUCUGCUGUUGGCGAACAUUGGCCUUUACUUCUACUAUAAGGCCACCAGAGGGCAGAAGCCGGGCAGACGGGAGAACACUGAGCCGGUUUAUUAUAACCUGGGUGUUCCUGCAGCUGAAGGAGGGCCGACUGAAGAGGAAGGAGCUCAGGGAGCAGAGUAGCACCUCCAAGGAGCUCAUCUCACAUCCAGAUGGAUUUAUAACACACAACCCACCAACAGCUCAUUUUAUAUGAAUGUUCCCUUUAAACAAGAAGGCUGGAUUUAUUCAAUACAUUAUAUACUAUAUUUGUCUUACUCUCAACAUGAAAACCAACAAUGUGUUAGUCUUUUCAUACUUUCUGACUUCCUGUCAGAACGUAUGUAGCCCAUUGGUUCCUACUGAAGAUGUAAAUCUCUAAAAACACCUCACAAACAUAAU